CAUCGUUCACCGCACGUGCGAAAAAUUGUUGUUAAUUUCGACAAUUUUUUUCUUCAGCCUCGAAAUGAAGCGGAAACUUCGGGAUCUGCUAUUGAUCGUUUGGUUUUCAUCGGGCAUUACAGUCAUGAUGGAUCCCAAGACUGAACCUGAACUUGACAUAAGUGACAGCAAAGAGGAACCCAGCAAUUUCCAAAAUGUUUUUGCUUCCUGUUUGACGAAAAAAAUUCACGGUGUUUUCGAGUGCGCUAAUCGUGGUACUCUGAGCGUUCUACGCGCCAUGAAUCGCGAAGAUGUGCUCGAUUAUGACAGUGUCAAGCUCGAAAGAGCCGAGGGACAGAGUCGUGAACUCUUGGAUCUCGACUACGAUCCUAAAGAUUUUGGCAAUGUUGUUCAAGCAGCUGCCAGACUUAUGGAGAGGAGGAAUUUAAGGUGGGAUCUCAGCAAUAUUUAUCCGGGUCUCCAAAUGAGAGUCGGUCCAAUGCUAAACGGCAAUGGGGUGUUGGAGUUCGUGGUCGAUGAGAGGUUCCGUGGAUAUACGGAUCGACAGUUGGGAACAGGUAGAAUGAUUGUGCGGAGUCUCGUGCUGCCAUUCCUGCUCGGCUUCAAGUUCAGUCUAGCGAGUCUCGUACCCUUGAUCUUCGGAAUAAUACUGCUGGUCACGAAGAAGGCCUUGCUCCUAACCAAGUUUGCUCUCCUGUUGAGCAGCUUAUUAGGCUGGAAUUCCAUUCUCACUGGAGGGCAUGCUUCUCAAGGCGGUUAUCCAGUAUCGCAAAUGAAUCCGUUAGUCCAAGGAUUGGCUGGAUUCGGAUUCCAAAAUCCCCCUGGACCUGAUACAUUUUCUGAAGAAAUUGGAUCCUUCCACAAUUAUGAUCACCGAUAUCCUUACAGGCCUGUUUACAGGACACUUCAAAGAUCCCCAGACUUCCCAACGUAUGGCCAACACGUCGUGAGGGAAGUAGUCAACGUUUACGAUGGUAAAAAACAUCCCGAAAAUCAAGAACCAACGGGAAAUGGUAAAAACUUUGUUUGGAGCACUUGAGAUUGAUUGAGGUUGUUCUGGGUCAUCCAUUUAACUACUCAAAACGAAUGAGACCACUGGAACGAUUGCUUGACCCUCGACCACGUGAUUUUGGAAGCAUCAUCGAUUAUUUAUAUCCUAAAAAAUCAAUAAAGAUAUUGUACAUA